AUGUUGAAAAAGACCCAAGAAUUACAGCGAACGCUAAUAGCGGCUCUGCGUUGAAAACACCUGCAAUGGAGGUGCCGCCGGCUACUUCGUUAUCGUCAGAAACCCUAGCAUUUCGAUCUUCCUCUGUUUCUUCUCUGCAACUUUUUCGCCCUAAUCUUUACAAAAACCACUUCAAAUUCAAAUCUUUCAGAAACUUGUCGGUUCGUGGCUCUUCUGCUGAACGUUCCGUUGUGACUCUGCUUGACUAUGGUGCUGGCAAUGUACGUAGUGUGAGGAAUGCUAUUCGUCACCUCGGCUUCGAUAUCAAAGAUGUACAAACUCCACAAGACAUACUCAAUGCCGAUCGCCUAAUCUUUCCUGGUGUGGGGGCUUUUGCUGCAGCCAUGGAUGUGCUGAACAAAAAGGGAAUGGCUGAGGCACUCUGUACUUACAUUGAGAAUGAUCGGCCAUUUCUAGGCAUUUGCCUUGGCCUUCAGCUACUUUUUGAGUCCAGUGAGGAGAAUGGACCAGUAAAUGGUCUUGGCUUGAUACCGGGUAUGGUUCAGCGUUUUGAUUCAUCAAAUGGUUUCAGAGUUCCCCAUAUUGGUUGGAAUGCUUUACAGAUCAGAGAAGACUCUGAAAUUUUGGAGGAUGUUGGAAACCACCAUGUCUAUUUUGUACACUCUUAUAGAGCAAUUCCUUCAGAUAAAAACAAAGAUUGGAUUUCAUCUACCAGCAACUAUGGUGACAAGUUUAUAGCAUCUGUCAAAAGGGGCAAUGUGCAUGCAGUUCAAUUCCACCCUGAAAAGAGUGGAGAUGUGGGUCUUUCUAUACUAAGAAGAUUUUUGAAUCCAAAGUCACAAAUUACCAAGAAGCCUGUUGAAGGAAAGGCUUCAAAACUUGCAAAAAGGGUAAUUGCUUGUCUAGACGUAAGGACAAAUGACAAGGGAGAUCUUGUUGUAACCAAAGGAGACCAGUAUGAUGUAAGAGAGAAUACAAAAGAGAAUGAGGUAAGAAACCUGGGAAAGCCUGUGGAGCUUGCUGGACAGUACUACAUAGAUGGUGCUGAUGAGAUUAGUUUUCUAAAUAUUACUGGUUUCCGUGACUUUCCUCUUGGCGACUUGCCAAUGUUGCAGGUACUGAGAUACACAUCAGAAAAUGUUUUUGUACCCUUAACAGUUGGAGGAGGAAUUAGAGAUUUUACAGAUGCAAAUGGCAGGUACUAUUCUAGCUUGGAAGUUGCUUCAGAAUAUUUCAGAUCUGGAGCUGAUAAGAUUUCCAUAGGAAGUGAUGCAGUUUAUGCUGCAGAAGAUUAUUUAAGAACUGGAGUAAAAAUUGGGAAGAGCAGUCUAGAGCAGAUAUCUAGAGUUUAUGGAAAUCAGGCAGUUGUUGUAAGUAUUGAUCCUCGUAGAGUGUAUCUCAAAGAUCCUGAUGACGUAGAGUUCAAGGCCGUAAGGGUAACAAACCCAGGUCCAAAUGGAGAAGAAUUUGCAUGGUAUCAGUGUACAGUUAAUGGUGGCCGAGAAGGUCGACCAAUUGGAGCAUAUGAACUGGCAAAAGCAGUUGAGGAGCUUGGAGCUGGAGAAAUACUGCUAAACUGUAUUGAUUGUGAUGGUCAAGGGAAAGGAUUUGACACAGAUUUAAUAAAGUUGAUCUCAGAUGCUGUGAGCAUUCCAGUCAUAGCGAGUAGUGGUGCCGGUGCUGUUGAACACUUCUCAGAGGUGUUCAGGAAAACGAAUGCAUCUGCUGCUCUUGCUGCUGGCAUUUUCCAUCGCAAGGAGGUACCUAUCCAGUCUGUAAAGGAGCAUUUGUUCAAGGAAGGCAUAGAAGUAAGAAUGUAAUAAAAAAUCAUUGCUGCUAAAGUUUUCAAGAUGUAACAACAGAGAAACUGCGUUUCUUGCUCUUUAGGUCAUAAUACAAUAUUUAGUCAGAGCAUGCAUUGCAUAUUAUGUAUUAUGACACGUUUCACCAUAUGAACUGGUGUAGCACUUCUUUUUUUUUUUUUUUUUUUUUUUGGGGGGGACAAAAUUUGAAUUCGUGUAGAAAUGGUUCGAAAUUUUCCGACUUUUUGUAUUUGACGUUGUGAUUGAAAGAAUUGCUUAAAUGGGAUUA